UCGUUUGCUGCGUGCUGUUGCUUUGACAGUGUUAUAUCAACCUCUCCGAGAGUGCAGUCGUCGCACUUUCUUUCUCCGCUAAUCUCUCUCCGCUCGGCCGGAGGUAACGUAUUCUCGGCUCGAUCUUCGCACCGAUACGAAACUUGGUCACUAAAAUUCUCUUAUACACAACUAAAUAGAAUUUUAAAUAUACUUCAAUUUUCAACGAUAUUUCAUUCGGAAAACCAGACGAAGAAGGAUCGAGAGUGUAUCGGGAGCGGAAUCCUCAGUCUCGUCCCUUGGGCCGUUGAAAUAACCAGGACACUACCGAGAACGAUAAAACAAGUAUCUGCGUGCACGACAGACACAACGUGGUUCUUGUUGAGACAUUCUACGAAUUUGUGCUGCGUGUUGUGAGUGAUAAAGCGUCUUAUCGUCCCCCGGCAAACUCGAACCGUUCUCGUGUCAACAGAGAGCAGACGUUUCGGUUUAGUCUUUCCAUCGAUUUUUUUUCGUUUUCGUUUCUUUCUGUCUUUUUCCUUUGUAAAAGAGUGUACCGAGAAAAAAGUUGGUUUUUCCUGGACAAUCGGAAGCCGGCUAUUAACCAGCAGAACGGAGAACAAUGCCGACAUAUCUGAACAACUACCCUUGAGGCUAUCACACGUUCACGCAGAUAAUAAUUCGGCCGUUGAGUCAUGCUUUGCCUUCUUGCGCUACGUCUAAAGAACACGCCAACGCCGUUUGUCGGGACAGACAUGAAAUACCCCGAGCAAUCGAUAAAAUUCUCAAAUGGAACACGUUUCGAACGCGAUGAUCGUAGCGGUCAGCAGCGUCACCUUAAGGGUGAACUGAGGAACUAACCCCCAUUGAUUUUUCGCGCGAGUGUGCCGCCGCCAGUGUAGUUUACCAAAUAAGGAGAGGCCACGAGUCGCGCCGCUGCUCAACGUCAACCCCCGUUCGCACGGCAACAUGGCGGUCCGUUGAAUGACAGUUGUUGCACUCGCCUCGAAUACUUGUUGACCACCCCCGGGCUCAGAACGUGCACCUGCCAGCAUCAUGCAUCGCCGUUGUCGGCCGCGAUUACGGCAAAUCUUCACCGCGAGACACUCUUCUAAAGCGACACUUGCGAGAAGCAUGUUCUGUGAAACGAUUCAACAUUUGCUGUCGCGUUUAAGCAUCUUCUGAAAAGGUUCUUUUUGUUUCGAUACAGAUGCCUUUCAUGUUGUAAAUAACGUACGAGCAAAGGAACCCUCAAACCGAAGAUGGGCAAGCUCUUAAGUCUUUUGGCUCGAGAUGAGUCUACCUGUUGCACACCUCAAAAAUACGACGUCUUUUUGGAUUUCGAAAACGCACAACCCUCCGACUUAGAACGGGAGACCUUUGAAGCAGUGCAGAGAGUUCUGAAAAAUUCAGAAUCUAUCUUGGAGGAGAUUCAAUGUUACAAAGGGGCUGGGAAAGAAAUCAGAGAAGCGAUUUCGGCGCCUACGGAGGAGUGUCAACGGAAAGCCUAUCUGACUGUCGCUCCCCUUGUCGCCAAAUUGAAAAAAUUCUACGAAUUUUCUUUGGAACUUGAAAGGGUGGUACCGAAAAUUCUGGGUCAACUAUGUUCAGGAAAUCUGUCUCCCACUCAGCACCUGGAGACACAACAGGCAUUGGUGAAGCAACUAGCCGAGAUACUGGAGUUCGUUCUAAAAUUCGACGAGCACAAGAUGAAGACGCCUGCCAUUCAGAACGAUUUCAGUUAUUAUCGUCGAACGUUGACUAGGGCAUCCCUGACAAGGCAGGACACCGCUGAAAAGGAUCUCGUGGUCGGGAAUGAGCUCGCCAACAGAAUGUCCUUGUUCUACGCCCACGCGACACCCAUGCUUCGCGUUCUGAGUCACGCGACCAUUACUUUCUUGAUGGACAACGAAGAUGUAGCGCGCGAAAAUAUUACGGAAACUCUUGGUACAAUGGCGAAAGUCUGCUUACGAAUGUUAGAAAAUCCCAAUCUCCUGGCUCAGUUCCAACGAGAAGAAACUCAGCUCUUUGUUUUAAGAGUUAUGGUUGGGUUAGUGAUCCUUUAUGAUCACGUUCAUCCUCAAGGUGCCUUUGUUAAGGGUUCAAAUGUUGAUGUUAAAGGAUGUGUAAAAUUACUGAAGGAUCAGCCACCUUGCAAGAGUGAGGGUCUGUUGAACGCGCUCCGUUACACCACGAAACACCUGAACGAGGAGAACACGCCGAAGAACAUAAAGAACCUGCUGGCGGCAUGAUUACCGAAGCAACGUGGCUGCUGUAUCAGAACCUGAGACAGCUGGUUGCUACUCUUCCAGAACCUGAACUUAGCGGCGCAUCUUGUUUGUAUCGCUACGGAGACGUUGAAGAAGAUAUCCUCGAGUUUCCACGCGACCCAAGCAAAUCUCCUGUUCCUGAUCACGGGCUGGGGUGGUGGACCAGAUAAAAAAAACGCGAAGAACAAAAAGAAAACACGACAACAAGUCUUUCGAACCGAGUCUAAUGCUGCCCGAAAACUGCCGACUUCCUGCGACGAGAACGAAAUAGGUAGAAAAUCGCGGGAGGAAUUAAAACGAAAACAAAAAAAAUGAAAAAAAAAUAUAAAAAAAUGAAACGCGACGACUGAUUGUUGGAGGCAUGUUGCUGGCUCGUCGCCGCUGACGAUAAACGCGAUAUCUUCCUUACCGAUUCAAUCCUUACAUUGAUCGUUGCAAGUUAUCGUUAAGAUUAUCGCGACUUCUUACGUACGUUCGAGUUCCAUUGCAGUCACCCAAGUAUUAUUCUCCUGACCGGCGUCAUAUAAUUAAUAUAAUUAUUGCCCCCUUGGACGGAGAUCGAGUUAAUUGCAGCAUAUCAAUAGCGUGUUUAGGGUGAAUCCCGAUUUACAAGGUUUCGUGAGUGUUGUGGUGAGAGGUUUAAACAACGUUGUAGAUAUUGUGAAGAUUUUUAGCUAUUGUUUUCUUUGUUGAACAGUUGUCAUCGGGCGGGGAUGGUAAUUGAAACAGGUGUAAGGCACGAUCGUCGUUUGGUCGUUUCACAUUCAGAGAUACGGGAGCCGUGACUUCAGUAUUCGGGGACAGUUUUUACAUUUUUUUAAGGAAACUUUUGGACUUCGAUGCAAGACGAUGUGUUCACUAUCUUUUAAAGGAACAAACAUUUUCAUGAACGUUUGCUAUUCUAAUGUUAUUAGGGGGUGAAACGACUCGUCGACGUUCGUGCUUGUUAUCUCGUCGAUGAGCGUGCGAAUGGAAGGGAAAUUGUUAUAAAUAAGGGAUUGGACAUUGGUCGAAACUGAAAAUCAGGGACGACUAAACGUUAUUUCGAUCCGUUAUUGUCGUACGUAUUUAUGAUGACUUUGGCGACAACUAUACCGUAUACUUUGCAGGAGAUUCUCCUGCAGUGACUUCCCCCUUUCUCCUUUUUUAAGUGAACCUCCUGCAUAAUAAUACAGAAUUGAGAAACCAAAGAUAUUAUUACUAAUAUAUACCACUGCUUUUGUUAUGCAUUUAUUAUUACAUAAUAUUUUUUAUAUGGACGUUAUUUGCGUCUUCGGCGAAAGAAGUCGCGUGAUGCAACACACACUCGACCGAGACAGAUUCUUCUAUCGGAGCAAUAUUAUUCCUCGCGCUGGCAGUCGCAUUGUACACACUCUUUCUAAGUGCACGUCUACAGAUUUUAAGUGUACGAAAUCAAUUUACUAUAUACAUUUUCUUGUAUCAAGACUUUUACUAUUUGUAUCCAAUGUUAUGACAUUGCAUUAUGCAUAAGGGAUCUUAUCGCAAAAGCUGUCUUGGUCGUUUCUCUGUUAUAUUUUUCUGCGGCGUAUUGUACGUACUACCAGAAUGAAUUAUUACGAUUAGUCGUCUAUCAAAUGGAACGUAACUUUCAAUUCGGGAAGCUCCGAUAAUGAAGAAACAUAUUUAUCGAAAUAUAUACUGUUCUCAUACACGUUUCGAGUUUUAUGAAUCGUUUUGAAUUUUAUAUUUGAUACGUGGGAAAAAAGCAACAAGACAGCUUUUAGAAAUGAAUUUCUUACGUGUUCAUUGUAUUUUCAACGGUUUUUAGCGAUAUUUAUAAUAACAUUUGCCGUUAUUGUUUUGUCAAGUGUGUCUACUUGCGAAUUAAUUUUUCACCUGUGUACGAUUACAUCUUAAGGUAAUAUUCUUCAAAAUGGUUCAAUCGUGCAAACUGAUUUCUUUAAAAUAAUUCGAUUGUUCGUCUCUUAUGUCGUUCUUCGCUUUGCUUUUUAUUCUAUAAAGCUUCCACGUCACUUAAAUUUUACUUAUGUAUGUGAAUUAUUCGAAUUGUAUUUUCGAUGCAAGUAAUUAUCAAUUUUUUAAUUCCGUUAUAUUUAAUUCUGACUGUUUAGUUCAAUACUUAAAUCAGUAAAUAUAUUGCUACAAUGUACUCAUAACUUUUUGAAAUAAUAUUUUCUUUAGAAGAAAAACAUGAAGGAACAAAAGGAAUUUGAAUGUAAAAAGUCUGAGAACGGGUAUUGUAUUGCAUUAACAUUUUCGGCUUCGCAUAUUUUUAUAAAACCACACGCUUCUCACUUUUGUCUUCCAAACUUUUUCAACGAUUCUUUCGACGACGAUCAAUCGAAAUUGUUACACAUUCAGCGGGAGGAAAACAGACGUCAUUAUGGAAACAAACAUUAAGAAUUAAUCGCGUGACGAUUUUUUGAACGAAAUUCAUUGUAAUGUGCUGUAUGAUUACCAAGAGGAAUAAACUUUCGAAAUUGAGAAAUGCGAUAACUUCCACGAAUAAAUAAGAAUAUCUAUGUACAAACAAGACUAUUUCAUACGAACAUUUUUUUUGUAUUCAUGAAAUUCGGUUCAGUCGCUAUGAGAAUUUAUUCAAUCAUCCGUCUGUUUCGUAUUAAAAGAGAAGAAAUGUUUCUUGUUGUAAUGUAAAUAUUUUCUUAUGUAUGUACAGAUUUUCUUUACCUCCAACAUAAUCUAUGAGUUUCAGAAAUGUUGUUAGAUCUUUUGUUACGUUGUACCUUUAUGUACUGAAAUAAUAAUUACGCCGUGCACAGAGUUUCGGUUUGAAAAGUUUCAGUGAAACCUUUUACGACUAUUUCAUUAUUAGCGCGUUAUAUUAUCCAUUUGCGAACAUUGUUAUUUGGAAAUGAAACUGUAGACACCCAACAGUUAAUAAAAUGCAUUAUAUAAAUA